AAUGGAUGUCCCAGAUUAGGCGAUGCUUUCUUUUGCUCGCGCCCCACGGAUAAGGCCCUCCUCGUCCUCGAUCAUCAGUCCUGUGGAGCUGGACCAGACUUCUGUGAGGUCGCCAUUUCUGAAUUACAGAAUCCACCAGCAAGUUCCUCAAUUGGACCUUGGGACUGUGAGUGUUUGUUGUUUGGGGCGUGACAAUUUUUGUACCAGCAAUGGCAGCCAUGGCGUGCACCUCUGCUGCUUCCACGGCCUUGUCCACGCCCCGGUUGGCAGCUGUGAAGCCUGCAAGGUCCGCGAGGCCGGUGCAUUUGACAUCUGCGUUCCAUGGCCAGAGCGUCGCAAGUGUGUCCCAGGUUGCGGGGUUUGAGAGCUCUGGUGUCAAGUACAGGAGUGCUGGUAGGAGGGCCGUCGUGGUGUGCAAGGCUGCCGAUGGCCAGACUGUCGUUAUUGGUUUGGCUGCCGAUUCCGGGUGUGGGAAGUCCACUUUCAUGCGCAGGUUGACGUCGGUGUUCGGCGGUGCUGCAUCUCCUCCCAAGGGUGGCAACCCCGACUCCAACACCUUAAUCAGUGACACCACCACUGUGAUCUGUUUGGACGACUACCACUCAUUGGACAGGUAUGGUCGCAAGGAGAAGGCCGUUACCGCGUUGGACCCUAAGGCCAACAACUUCGAUCUCAUGUACGAGCAGGUUAAGGCUUUGAAGGAGGGGAAGUCUGUCGAGAAGCCAAUCUACAACCACGUCACCGGCCUCCUGGAUGCCCCCGAGACAAUCCACCCCCCGAAGAUUCUCGUUAUUGAGGGUCUGCACCCAAUGUUCGAUGAGCGUGUGAGGGAGUUGCUGGACUUCAGUAUCUACCUGGACAUCAGUGAUGACGUCAAGUUCGCCUGGAAGAUCCAGCGUGACAUGGCUGAAAGAGGCCACAGCUUGGAGAGUAUCAAGGCUAGUAUCGCCGCCCGCAAACCUGACUUCGAUGCAUAUAUUGACCCCCAGAAGCAGUACGCCGACGUUGUUAUCCAGGUGCUUCCUACUCAGCUCAUCCCCGAUGACAACGAAGGGAAGGUCUUGAGGGUACGUAUGGUGAUGAAGGAAGGCGUGCCCUUCUUCGAGCCGGUCUACCUCUUCGACGAGGGCUCCACCAUUUCUUGGAUCCCUUGCGGCCGCAAGCUCACUUGCUCUUACCCCGGAAUCAAAUUUUUCUACGGCCCAGACACCUACUAUGGCAACGAGGUGUCCGUGCUGGAGAUGGACGGUCAGUUUGACAAGCUGGACGAACUCAUCUAUGUCGAGUCUCACCUGAGCAACAUCUCUACCAAGUUCUACGGAGAGAUAACUCAACAGAUGCUGAAGCACGCAGAUUUCCCUGGUAGCAACAAUGGCACUGGAUUGUUCCAAACCAUCUGCGGGCUGAAGAUCAGGAGCGUGUACGAGAGAAUCCUCGCCAACCAGAAGAACGCGGCCACAUUGCAGUCGGCAAAGGCGUAGACGGAACCAUUGUAUUAUGAAUUAGCGUCGUUGUAGAUUUUUGUGAAUGUGAAGACUCGAUGAUUCUCCUGUGGAUGAAUUCUCACGAUCCUGGUUUGUCCAGUGAGGUUGGUAAGUUUUGUAGAAGUUUUAUUCGAUGACUUGUCCCCAGGACAGAGAGUCUGUUGUCCUCUUCCUGUGCAGGUACACACUAAAGCAACCUUUCUCGCGUGCUGCCUCUUCCCUGAAACACGCGUUUGCAAUUGUGAA